AUGAACAAUAUUAAUAUUAACGAUAAAGCGUAUGGCGUUACCGAUAAUAGGAAAUAUGCGCAAGGUAAAACAUACACAGAUACCGUUAACGUUCGGGCUGUACGGGAACGUGUGGACAGGGAUGAUCGGGAACGUUAUGAACAGGCACUACAAGUUGCUAAGAGGGAAAAGGCUAAUGAACGACACGGGCCUGAAUCAGAUUAUAAUAUCGGGAAUGAUCAGGGCACUUAUGACCUACAACUGGAGCAAACGUUGCAAUUGAGCAAGAUGCAAAGCGAAUGGGAUAAUAAGCGGAGAUUAGAAACGGAAAGGGAAACAAAGAAUAAACUUAUAGAAACUGCUAAAGCAGAACUUCAAGAAAAACUGUACCGGAUAUUUUGCACCGAGUUAUACACACCGGAGAAAUUAAUGGCAAUUAAAAAGUCGCUUGGUGAAUACGAAACCACCACCGGUAGCACCAUAUUUGAUACGUGCCAGAUAAGUGACUUACAGCAUAAGGACCUGAACGAUACGUCUAGGUUAGUUUUGUACGUGGCUAAGGUAACCGAGUAUUCUGUGAACAAAAUACCCUGGAACAAUUUGUUCGAGUUUUUUGGUGAUCACAUUCGUCGAAUCGAAAGGGAACUAACCACCAAGACUACCUUGGUCAAAUAUAACACUGAUGUUCAUUCCCCUGACUUGGAAUCUCAAUUUGUGCAUGAUGCUCUAGAGGGGGAGCUAGUGUGCGUCCAUAUACGAGGUGAUGGUAACUGUUUGUGGAACUCCAUCAGUACCGCCCUCUACGGGGAUUAUUCUCGUAUGGAGUCAUUGAGAGUCAUUACGGCUACUACAUUGAUAAAGCACCAAGAUGUUUUUGAAAAGUACAUGCACGAUCAGCGAGUUAAGUACGGUUAUAAUCACGAGUUGUCGUUUGAUGGGCUAGUUCGAGCAGCUAUGGACUUGCAGGUAUGGGGCGAUGAGCUACAUGUUAUGGCCCUUUCAUUAGCACUGCAUCGACCCAUAUAUAGCUACUGGUCUCUACGCUUAGCAUUCGACACAAAGUCCCCAAAACAAUACCCGGAGCUCAAGGAUGCCUACGAACGGCAGACCAUUCAAAACCAUUUCCGGUAUAUCGCCGAUGAGGCCAAUGUUGGGGCGAAACCCAUACUACUGUACUAUAACGGUAGGGAUCACUAUAGUGUGGUCUUACCGGUGAGGGAUGAUGUGGUGGCACUCGUACCUCAAAUGCAAUUAUUGAAGCCUAUAUUUAAACGCGAAGUAGAUGAGCAAGAUUUAAUUAUACUCGAUCAACCAGUGGACGAUAAAAAUUAUCCUGAUAAAAGCAUAAAUCAAACAGUUGUUAAAAUACAUGAGAGCUCACAAAACUCAUCACCUAAGUUAAAUGAACAGGUAAAAACUACUGAACCAAAAUCAAAUAGCGUUGCCGGUAACCAGGGUAAACUAAUUGAUAAAUUAAAAUGUGAGCAUGAUAAACAGAUUACAGAAUUAACCCAUAAGCUAAGCCAGCUCAAUGCUCAUAUUACAAGUGUUAAUAACGAGAAUAUUCGACUAAUUGAGCAUGUAAGUUUAUUGAACAAAAGGUGCAUUGAUUUGAAUAAAGAAAAAUUAACCUGGUACAACGAACGGGAUACUUACCGUGAUCGAAUUAAAAAGUUAUUUAAUGAUGUGGGUAUUUUGGAAUUCCAACUCAAAUCAUGUGAGCAAGCAAUUAAACCUAACUUUAUUAAUAAUGGUAACCAUGCGAAUGAUUUGCCAAUAAAUGGUCGUGGUAUAAACAAUCACAACAAUGAUAUUACUAAAUCACUAAGCCCGGAUAAUAUUGGUUGGAAAUAUGGCAUAGAAAAUAUGGGUAAUGGUUCUAGCUCACCACACUCAUUAAUAAACCCACCUCCCGGAAUGUCAACCCAAAUUUACCAGGAUAACAACAAUAUUUAUCCUAAACAAUUUGAUACUGAAAAUGAUCCUAAUACAAUGAUUGAUAAAGUACCGAGUACAGAACCGAUGCAAACUGAUUUAUAAUUUUGCGUUUAAUGUUUAAUAAAUAUAUUUCGACAUGUAAUUUAAAAUAUGUUUAAUAAAAGUUACAGUUUGAUUUUAUA